AGGCCCUGCAGUUCGAUCGCGGCCUCUUCGCCCGCUGGCUGCGGCUGCUGCUCUGCUCCUUCUACGGCACCGAGGAGCGAGUCGUCGCUGACCUGCUGCGCAGACGAGAAGCUCUGCUUCGGGACACCGUGAUUGCAGAGGUGCUCGGGCUGCACGAGCGGCAGGUGCGCCAGGCGCUCGAGCGCCGGCUCGUGCCCGACUGCCUCGUGGAGAGGCGCACAGAGGGCGAGGGCCAGUCGUCGAAGACGUUCUACCGCAUCUCGCCCACGGCCCUCGCGGCGACCGCGCUGAGGCCGCGGCCCCCCCGCGCCCACCCGCCAGGACGUGUUUGGAUCCGGUUGGACCGAUCUCCA